ACAGCGUCUUUACAACAAAACGCUGAUUACAGUUUCGUCUGGAAAUAAAGAGCAUUUGCAUAUGCAUUCCUUCCCGAUAUUUAUUUUAAGCAUCGUACACGUGCUGGGAUUAACCAAAAUAUUGUCUAUUAUAUUUUGAAGACUUGUUUGGCUUGAGAUGUGACUUCAAAGCUGGGUGUCAUAAGAAGGCACCCAAAAAUACCAAGAAAAGAACAGCAGAGGGGGCCAACUCCAACGUCUUCACCCUGUUCGAGCAGGCCCAGAUCCAGGAGUUUAAGGAAGCUUUCACCAUCAUGGACCAGAACAGUGACGGAUUUAUCGACAAGAACGACCUGAGAGACACCUUCGCUGCCCUGGGUCGUCAGAAUGUGAAGCAGGAAGAGAUAGACAUGAUGCUGAAGGACGCGCCAGGCCCGAUAAACUUCACCGUGUUUCUGACCAUGUUUGGAGAGAAGCUGAAAGGUGCUGACCCAGAGGAGACCAUCCUAAACGCCUUCAAAGUGUUUGACCCUGAGGGGAAGGGCAUUCUGAAGAAGGAGUACAUCGCCCAGGUGCUCACCACUCAGGCAGAGAGGUUCUCCGCAGUAGAGAUUGAGCAGAUGUUCACCGCCUUCCCUCCAGAUGUGGCUGGUAAUCUUGACUACAAGAACCUGGUCUAUAUCAUCACACAUGGGGAAGACAAUGACCAGGAGUAAGAACCCCCAAGAACCAAUUUUCUGUAUUAGACGCCAAUUUUUACAACACCCCUCCCCUUCUCGUUCACCCCCGCCCAGCUGUAAAUAAGCAGUAGCUCCUGCAAGGCCAGCAUACCAGCUAACGCAAAACAUUCUCACAAUGUUGCUGCCAUGUAGUGGCAAUGUUAUAACGUUGAAAAAACAUUUUAGUAACAUUGUGAGAACAUUUUGUGUUAGCUGGGAUGUCACUAGCUGCUUAUUUCUCCAUUUAAUCUGUUACUUACACUCUGACACAAAAUAUUUUUUAAAUGAAGAGUUGAGAAUUUGUCCCUUACUGAAAAAUAUUGCACAUCACUGGCUUUUGGACAUGUGCCCUAAAGUGUAAAAGUAUCCAGUGCAGCCAUGGAUUUGAUUGGACCUUUAUAAGAGCCAGGGUGAUUGGACAGGAAAAAACCUAGCAGUCUGUACAUAUACCCCCAACCUCACCCCCAGCCCAAAACUCUAUGACCAUAAACGAUACAACCUCAACUCUCCUUGAGAUUUAUUUUGGGUUCCCUCAGGAUGGAUGGGGAAUCCAGGUAACUCUGUGAGCACACCUGUAAAAAUAAAACAUGUUUUGUCCAAUGAGAUGCUCAUCUCCAUUCCUUCUGCUUAUGUCAGCACUUUCUCCACCCAUUAUUAUCACAAGCAAAACACACACAAACACACAAAAUAUAUUCAACAUACAAAUCAGAUGCGUGGAAUGAAGAAUGCGAAUCUAUGUCUGCGUUCAGUUUAGUUCCAGCCAUGUUAUUUUAUCCAUUAUAUAUCAAUAUGUACACAUCACUCCUCUUAGUUUCACAAUCAAAGUUCCCACCAUUCUGUUAUUUUUUUACUUUUUAUUAUCAGUGUUUGUCGAUUCGUUUUUUUCCCACCAUUUUCAUCAACUAAGGAAUAAUCUGUGACAUUUUUCAGUAUUUCCUCAGGAUUCAGUGAAUCCAGUUUUCAGUAUGCCCACAGUACAUGUGCAAACAUGCUCUGCUGUGGACCUCUUCUGCCAUCUGCUGGUGAAAUUGGAGAACAAUGGCAGUCUAAAAUCAAAUCUUAGGGGCUUUACAUGUCUAAUGGGCAGGUGGCACAUCGGGUCAACCCAAGUGCAUAGCUUUAUGAUUAAUGCUCAAAUUAUCCUUUUGUCUAGGAACCCAAUGCCCCUUUAAAGAAUAAUAGUGCAAAAUAUGCUCAUUAAUUUUAGUAUCAAUAAGACAGUUUGUCUUGGAAACCUGUUCAAAAACACUGCAUAGAUAUUAUGACAAUGAUACACCCUCCUAGAAUUUUCAUGUAGCUGUUGACAAAAGAAAGCUAUAGAUCCCCCAGAAUGGGAAGGGAUAUAACCUCAGUUACAUGUCCAUUACAUGUAUGUGUGUGUGUCUAUGUAUGACUGAGUAUAUGUGAGUCUCCAAGUGUGUCUGUGUGUCUGCGUAUAUGUGCACAUGAUAAUAUGUGUCUACGUGUGUUUAUAUGUUUGCUACUCUGUAUAGUGUCUUUGUGACCGUUCUCUGUAAAAGGCGCAAUACAAAUAAAAUUGAAUUGAAAUUAA